AUGGCGGACGACGGUCGCAGGGGCUGGGAAGAGGACGAACGCGGCCCGGGAGCUGCUCACCACGGCUUCGUGCUCAUGGCGGCGCUUAUGGAGAAGCUGAAAAUCUUAAAUUGCGACCAAGAGCUGCUGGAAAAGCACAACAUGAAGCCUCUCUCCAGACAUUAUUUCGUGUCCAGCCCUUACCUCGCGGCCAAUUCGGGCGAGCAGUUCUACUUGUUCGCCAUCACGGCCGCCUGGCUCAUCAACGCGGCGGGCGGAAGCUUCGGCAAACCCCGGGAAGACGACGAGCCCACCGCCACCGUCUCCAACAUCCUGGCUGAGCUCAGGGCGCUGGGGGUGAAGGUGGAUUUCCCGCCGUCCAAGCUCAAGUCAGGUUCCGGCGAGCACGUGUGCUUCGUCUUGAAUACGUUGGCAGAGCACGCGCUCAAGAGGCGAGGAUUCUCCUUUAAAAGGCCAAAUUACCCAAGUGAAAGUGCAGAAGAAGAAUCCAUGAUGGACGAGCACGCAGAACUGGCGCUGGACAAUCAGGACGAGGCGCAUCUUCAGGAAGACGACGACGAAGAUGAAGAGAACCUGGUGGACCUGGAGGCCCUCACUCUGCAGAGCCACCUGAAAGAAGCGGCGAUGACGUCCAAACCUGAGGAGAUCCUACGCUCCACGGUGGACGCUGCCCAGUGGAACUUGGAGGUGGAAAGAGUCCUGCCUCUCCUCAAAGUCACUGUUAGAACGGACAACAAGGACUGGAGGGUCCACGUGGACCAGAUGCACCAGCACCAGGACGGCAUCAAGUCCUCUCUUCAUGAAGCUAAGGGCUACCUGGACAAGCUGGAGGAGGACAUCAGCAGGACAUUGGAGAAGGUGUCCAGUCGAGAGAAGUAUAUGAACAAGCAGCUGGAAGCCGUCACGGCUGAACACCGCGUCGCCCGGGCCAAACUCGCCGAGGUCAGGGAGCGCUACCAGGAGGCCAGCGGGGGCGUGGCCCAGAGGACGCAAAUCCUAGCGGAGCUAAGUGAGGAAUUUGCCAAGGUGAAACAAGAGAUGGAGGAUCGAGGCAGCAGCAUGUCCGACGGAGCGGCGGUGGUGAAGAUCAAGCAGAGUUUGUCCAAGCUGAAGCAAGAAAUAGUGAGGAUGGACGUGCGCGCCGGCGUGGUGGCGCACAUGUUGCUACAGGCCAAACUCAAGCGCAAGAGCAACAUGAGCGUCGAAGGGCAAACUUUCGUCUGGCCCGACAGUCAACCCUAA